GACAACAACCAAGGGGCAACUGUCCUCCUCAACAGAGGAGGCAUAGGGCAGUGCUCCCAAGCACCGUGACAGAAGGAAGAGCCUCAGGGUAGGGGAGAAAAAGGACGGGACUCCCUGGCUGAAAGAUCACGGUCGACCUGGACGGUACAGCUGAGCCGGGCCACAGGGGGGUUGGCAACUUGGCCCCCAUGGCCCGUGCCCCACCCUCUCCUUUGACCCCCAGCAACAUCCCCCGCAAUCUAAGCUACAUCGCUGGCCUGUAUGAGCGGGCCUAUUACCGGACCGCCCGCCCAAGCCUUGCGGAGGACUCGGGGACCGAAGGCUCUGAGUCAGAGUCCGAGGGCAAGCCGCGGGGCAGGCCCCAGAGACGCCGCCAUCUCUUCGGGGGGCCAAAAAGGAGGGGAAGGCGUCGGACUCGCUCGGCCCCGGCUCAGGGCAGGAGCCGAGGGGCGUCGCGCAGCCGCAGCCCCGGGACCCGCAAGAGGGUCCGCUUCGCCGACUCGCUGGGCCUGGAGCUCAUCAGCGUGCGGCAGUUCUGGCCCAACGACCUCCCGCAGGUUCCAGAGCGGGUCCAUACCCAGCUGAGGCGGGACUCGCUCAGCCACUUUGCGCCCUGCCUGCCGUUCUGCCCGUCAGUGAAGGAAUCUUUGAACCUGAAGUCUCGGCUGCUGGAACCGACAUUCCCGGAUCCUCUGAGCAUGCCUGAUUUCCUCCCACGCCUUCUGGCCCAGUGCGUGCUGCUGGAGGGGGUCCGGGCCGAGGGGCCCUGCGUUUCCGGCACCAUCCGCGUGCUCAACCUGGCCUACGAGAAAAGAGUCUCCGUGCGAUACACCUGGGACUUUUGGGCCACCGAGCAUGAAGCUCGCGCGUCCUACGCUGCCCCUGCAGGGCAGGACCGGGACCACGCCGACCGCUUUGCCUUCCGCCUGCCGCAGCCGGUCCCGCUACCCGCAGACGCCGUGCUUGAGUUUGCCCUCUGCUACCUGGCUGGGGGGAAGGAGUUCUGGGACAAUAACCAGGGGCGCAACUAUGCUCUGCGGCCUCCUCCCUGUGUGGUGGAGGGGGAUGAACUGCCCAGCCCCAUUCCAGAUUGCUGUGAGACGGGCUGGAUACACUUCCUGUAGGCGAAGGAGAGAA